UCCAUGUGUUUGUGACUAAACCUAAUCUUCGAUCGUUAAACAGUAUACACAAACGCACUUGCGUCGAUACAAAGAUCAGUUGCUUAAAAGUUUUCGUAGUGAAUGUAUCGUAGUUUUCUGAUGAUCGCUAAUUAAUAUAUUCUCAAAUAUUGGAAGUUGAUUAAAUUAUUUAUCUAUUAUAGUUAAGUGAAUAGUGAAGAGUUUCUAUCAAACAUUUUUUAAGAAAUGGCUGUAAACACGGCAUAUACACUAGUGCUGUUUGUAGACGAUAAAAAAGACAAUGGAGAUUUAGAAAGUAUUGACAUGGUUCCAUCGUUUUGGCUGAAGUAUGAUGAAGAAGACGACUGUUUAAAAUGUCCGUGUUACGAUAAUGUAACCAUUAAAAAUAAAGAGAUUUUUAGUAAUGCUGUUCGAAAUCUUCAACCACCGCCAACGACAUGGUCUUUUCAUCGAGUAGAAAUCCGGGGAUAUUCAAAUACAUAUGCUAUUGGUCUCCAAAGGUUGGACAAACUUCAAGUCAAACGCUUUGCUUUCACGACUGAUGAUACUGAUAAUGAUGAAGAAAAACAAAAAAGUAUUGAAAAGCGCUAUCGUUUAAAAGGAUCAAAAACUUCUGGGAAAAAAGUAGAAAAAUUAUUGUCCGAGUGUCAAAAACAUUUUGUAGAAAAAACAAAUGAUUCCAAUGAAGUCCAAUCAAAAGAUGUUCAACCAAUGAAACCUAAGAAUAAAGACAAUUUUGCUGAAAUUAUAGACGGUAAAAUUAUUUGCAUCAUAAUUAUAAGUAUUAAUAAGAUGCAAACGGCUGUUCUGGAUCGCUUUAAUAAGUUAUCGCACCAAGUUGGAACCCUCCAGUCAGAAAUACUUAAGAUCAAAGCCGAAAUACAACAAUCCAAAAAUUCAAUGCCAGCACAACAUUCACUAGCUAAUCUAGAUGGAAUUUAUCAAAUCGAAGGAUAUGACAUAGCUUUUGAGAACUUGAGUGAUUUUGAAAAAUUUGAUAAAGAUCUAAAAAAUAAUGCUGAAUUACGGCAAAAAUGUAUAUCUAUCAUGUAUCCAUGUUUAAAUCUAUCAGCAAAACCAAUGGAAUCAAUUUUAAAAAUAGCAAAAAAAUUUCUCAAGAAGGAAGUUUUAGAAUUCUACACAGCCAUUAAAGAAAGAAAAGGAAAAAAAAUAUUUAAAACGACAUCCUUCUACUCUUGUCUAUAUGAUGUCAUUAUAAGUGAAUUUGCCAAAACUUCAUCUCAUAAAAUCAAUGAAAAUCAAUUUCAAAAAGAUAUUGGUAAAAUGAUUAACAACUCUAAAGACUGGGAUGGAGGCCGCAAAGAUCGUGAUUCUAAAGAAAAGCCACAACAAAAUGAAGACUCUACACGAAAUAAACGAACUAUAUCGAGCAGUUCAUCUUCUGAUAAAGAAUAAUUAUUAUUAGUAUUGAAAAUUUCCCUAUAUUGGAAUAUUUAUUAACGGCGAAUUAUUUUGAAUAAUUUUAUGUUAUGUUAUUUGCGAUAAGCGAUUUAUUUUUCCUUUAUAAAUAAGAAGCUGCACAAGUCUGCUGUUCAUUUCCAUUUUUUCACUUCUUUUAGACUUGUGUUAUGUUUUUGAUUAUUUGGAUUUUAAAAUUCCAA